AUGUCCAUGGCCAUGGCCGACCACCACGAUAAUCAUUCUACUGGGUCCCAUCCCAUUGUGCGCUCCGACUCCUCAGCAUCAACGGCCUCUGAUCAUAACGACCCCAUCAUUCAUCAGCCCAUUCCGACCCGUCCGCGCUUACCAAGCCGUAAGAGCAGUGGGCCGCUCGUCGUCCCUCGUGACAGCUCAGAAGUUGGGCCUGUCGAGUCGCAUUUUGGGCCCGACGACGUCAGAGCCAUGAGUCCCCGGCGAACUAGCGAGGAUAUCGACAAGCUGGGCAGGGAAGCCCGCGAAGAGCUGCGCCGACAUGCGAAAGCUCUCCAAGAAUCGCUCAUCGACAUCUUCAACCGCAUAGAGGCCGUGCGCGAAGAGCACGACAAGCUCGACAACAACAACAAGUUCCUGCAGAAGUACAUUGGUGACUUGAUGAGCACGAGCAAGAUUACCGCCUCCACUAGUCGAGCCAAGAAGUGA